UGCUGCCUGUUGCUGAGCGGGAAACAGCAGAAAAUCCAGGAUCCCAACCUCUCUAGGGUUUUCAUCUUGCUUCCUUUCCUUUUCCUAAAGAAGAUGAACCAUGAAACCACAGCCCUGAUAUCCUUGAAGGAGGCAAUGAAAAGAGUAGACAACAAGCUCCAAGCUCUAGACGCACAGUUCAAAGAACUAGACAUUACCAAGGAUAAACUGACACAGCAAUUUGAACACCAUAGCAAGACUUUGGCAAGCCAAGCAGCCCAGGAUGAGAUAUGGACAGCAGUUCUGGCCCUCGGGUUCACCUCAAUGGAACUGAAUAUUUUAUUCAGCUACGUCAUUGAAGUCCUUAUUUGCUUGCACACUCGAGUGCUUCAGAAGCUUCCAGACCUGGUGAGAAGUCUUCCGACCUUAGCCUCUGUCCUUAGAAGAACAGUCAAGAACAAGCGUGUUAGAACCGUGUGGGAGUCAGUCCUGGAGGAGUACGGGCUGCAAGAGAGACACGUCACAGCGCUCUGUACCUUCUUCAUUGCGCAUGGCGACAAAGCAGAACACUAUGCUGCUAAUGUACGACAGAUGUACAUCAAAGAUGUUACGUUCAUGAUCACCAACAUGGUAAAGAACCAGGCUCUGCAGGAUGGUUUGCUGCAGGCUGUUCAGGUCAUUGAGAAGGGGAAAGCAGUGAGGACCCCUGAGAACCAAAGGGCAUCCCUGAAAGAGUUGAUACCAUCAGCCAAAGAUUAACCUGUUACCCUACGGUCCAGCAAUUUCACUUUCAGUCAUUUGUAUCGCAAAAACAAAAACAUGAAUAAUUUAGUGUAGGCUUAUUUUAUUUAUAGCAAAAGUGGGAGGAGCACUAAAGAAAUUAUGACAAAUUGAUACAAUAAAUAUUUUGUGUGUAGCCAUAUUAAAAAAUAAGCAAACUUUUUAUAGUGAAAUAGAGUCUGGGGCAACAAUGUGGACACUAAGAGAGACUUACAUAGAUAUAAUCUACAUGGGAAGUAGAAAGUAUAAAAAGAGGGCUGGAGAGAUGGCUCAGCACGUAAGAGCACUGACUGUUCUUCCAGAGGUCCUGAGUUCAAUUCCCAGCAACCACAUGCUCACAACCACCUAUAAUGAGAUCUGGUGUCCUCU